AGAAGUUUUGCGAAAAUCAAAGGUAUGCAUGUGCUAGCCAUUUUACUGAUUUGCCUUGGAAUACUGGCCAGUGCUUUGGCAGAUACGGAGGAGCCAGCUUGUAAGUUGAAGGAAUUGAUAAAGACUGACGAGCGAGCUCAACGCAAUGGCUAUCCUACCGAGUCCCAUUUUGUUACCACUUCAGACGGUUAUAUAUUGAAUCUAUACCGAAUUCCAAAUUCUCAAAAUGUGGAGUAUAGGAAUGUCAAUCGCCCUGCCAUCCUAUUGCAGCAUGGCUUGUUUAGUAAUUCAGACUGUUGGCUGUCUGGUGGCCCCGGUAACGCCUUGGCUUAUCUACUGGCCGAUGCUGGCUUCGACGUGUGGUUGGGUAAUGCUCGCGGUAACAUUUACUCUCGCAACAACACAGUCAUAUCUCUUAAGAAUCCCAAAUUCUGGCGCUUUGAUUGGCAUGAAAUUGGUACUAUUGACCUACCCACCAUGAUUGACUACAUACUUGACAAGACGGGAGAAGAAAAAAUUCAUUACGCUGGCCACUCGCAAGGUACCACUGCGUACUUUGUUAUGAUGUCGGAACGCAAGGAAUACAAUGAUAAAAUUAAAUCGGCCCAUAUGCUAGCUCCAUGUGCCUUCUUCGAGCAUGCCACCUCUGCAGUUUUCAAAAUACUCAGACCCUUGGUUGGCAAGCCUGGAGGUAUGUGGAAUCAAGUACUCGGUAAUAUGGAAUUCCUACCACUGAACCGCUUUAUUAACCGUCUUAGUGAUACUGCUUGUGGCCUAGAACCUUCUAUGCAAUUUUUGUGUAAAGACAUGUGGUUACUCUUCGCUGGUGAUGGCUAUAAGAACACCAAUUUAACCGCCUUGCAAGAGCUACUAGAAACUCACCCAGGUGGUGCUUCCAGCAAUCAGGGUAUUCAUUAUGUUCAAUUGAGUGGCCAUAAUGCGGGCCGUUUCUGCCAAAUGGAUUAUGGAGAAAAGAAAAAUAAUAAACUCUAUGGCCAACCAACUCCACCCGAGUAUAAUUUGGAGAAUAUCAUGGCUCCCACAUACUUGUACUCCAGCAAUAAUGAUGGCCUUUGCAAUCCCAAGGAUGUAGAUACUUUGGCAUCCAAAGCAAUACAUUUAGCUGGUCACUAUCAUGUACCAGAUCCUACUUUUAACCACUUGGAUUUUAUUGUGGCCAAACAUAUGAGAGAAAUGGUAAAUGAUCCCGUAAUAGAGAACAUUUUGAAACAUGAAAACUCCUUGUAGUAAAAAACAAUAAAAUCUCAAC